CUUUUGUUGUUCAUUCGUUCAUUCAUUGAUAUUUUUCCCAUUCUUUGCUCAUCUCUUAUUCCUUUUUCAAUAUUAAAAUAACACAUUGUGACUAUGACAAACAAGUACCAGUACGAGUGCCUCAUCGUCAGCAUAUCAAGCGAAGGCGUCGCCCAUGUUGAAAUCAACCGCCCCAAGGCGCUUAAUGCGGUCAACACGCAGACAUGGACAGAAAUCGGGCAUUGCUUUACACGCUUCCAAAGUGAUGGCGACGUGCGCUGCGUGGUUCUUUCGGCCGCCGGGCGCAUGUUCACCGCCGGGCUGGAUCUCAAGGAGGCAGCCACAGGCCCGCUGGCCCAAUCCAACACCAGCGACACCGACCGGGCCCGCAGUGGCUACUAUCACCGGCUAUUCAUCAUGAAAAUCCAGGACGCUAUUUCGGCCAUUGAGGCGUGCGACAAGCCGGUUAUUGCCGCAAUCCAUGGCGGCUGCCUCGGUAUUGGCAUCGACGUGGUAUCCGCAUGUGAUAUGCGGGUUGCCACCGAAGACGCGUACUUUGUCGUAAAGGAAGUGGACAUUGGUAUGGCUGCUGACGUCGGCACGUUGCAGCGGUUACCUAAAAUAGUCGGUAAUGGCAGCUGGGUGCGCGAAGCAUGCUAUACUGCACGCACGGUGUCCAGCAAGGAGGCGCUGGCUGUCGGGCUGGUUGGCAGCCUGUAUGCGUCCAAGGAGGAUAUGGUGGCGGCAGCCCUAGAGACUGCGUCGGUGAUUGCGUCAAAGUCGCCUGUCGCUGUUGUCAGCACAAAACAUCUGCUGAACUACUCGCGCGACCACACUGUCCGGGAGGGCCUCGAGUACACGGCAAUUUGGAACGCGCUGGCUCAUAACUCGCGAGAUAUGCCAGUGGCCAUUAUGGCCAGCUUGCAGAAAACAAAGCCCCUGUUUCCCAAGCUUUAAUUUAUAAAACAUGUGAAAAUGUAUUUUUCUAUGUGCCAGAAUACUGAAGAAUCAGACUACAAAUAUCUAAAUAAAAAAGCAUCCUGAAAAUCAUCUUUCCUUCCCGUCCUGAUUGCACAGCAACCCGGCACGUGCUUAGGAACUAGAGACAGUAAAUAGCCACCAGCUAUGGUUGAAGAUAUUAAUUAUUGCACUGCUUCUUGCAAAGAGAAGCCUUGGGCUUGGACUUUGGCCUGGGCAAAAUU